UUGAAAAAUCCCAAGUGAGAGGGAGCCUGGAAAUAGAAAUCGAAACCCCUCCUCCUAUUCCAAGAGUCCAAACCCUAGUUUUAGUUUUAUCUGUAAAUCAUUAGAUUUUAGAUUACAGACUCCUCUCUCUCUCUCGCACCACUCUGGUCCUCUGUGUUCCCCACCACCUUCAUACAGACCAAUACUCGACUUUCUCUCUCCUUCGCUCUUCUCGAACCUUCUCGAUCUGCAAAAGCCCUAACUUGACAAUUUCGACAAUUUCAGCUCCCACUCCUCCCAAACUCCAAACCCCAGCAGAUUGGGAAUCCCCUAAUUUGCUUCCAUUCGCAGGUCAAUUACAAUUCCCCGCACAAUUAACCCUAUUCGUGUUCUGCUGGGCGUUUUGGUUCUUCGACCUCUGUUCGUCAAUCACUCAAUUGGGGCUUGGACUUUUGGUACUUGGGCAGCUUUCGAAGUGUUGAGCAACCGCAGGAGGAAGAAGGAGCGAGCUGGAAUUACGAUUUUCACUACUAGUUCGAGAUCAAUUCGGGGUCCAUGUCAGAGUUGUUAGUGCUCCACCACUUCAUGAGACAUUGACCCAUGGAUCCUGAAGGAACGAAGUUUGGACGAGGACCAAAGGAGUUGACUGGUGCUGUAGAUCUCAUAAGUCACUACAAGUUACUUCCCCACCAUGAGUUUUUCUGCAAGCGACCACUUCCAGUAUCAAUAUCAGACACACACUAUCUUCACAAUGUGGUUGGAGACACAGAAAUCAGAAAAGGAGAGGGGAUGCAGUUGGAUCAACUUAUUCAGAGUACAUCAUAUCCCCGGGAUACAAAACUACGCAUACAGCCUUUUGAACUAGAUACUCUCAGAGAGGCUUUCCAUCUUAGAGAAACGGCUCCUAUUGAUCUACCACUCGCGGAUAAGGGGACUCCAACUAUUGCAGGGAAAUCAAAGAGCGAGUCUAAAGACAAGGAGAAGAAACACAAAAAGCACAAGGACAGGGACAAAGAGAAGGAUAAAGAGCACAAGAAGCAUAAACACCGUCAUAAAGAUCGAAGCAAAGAUAAAGACAAGGAUAAGAAGAAGGAUAAAAGUGGGCAUCAUGAUCCGUCCGGUGAUCAUUCAAAGAAACAUGAAAAGAAAAGGAAACACGAUGGAGAUGAAGACCUUAAUGAUGUCCACAGACACAAAAAAAGUAAGCAUAAGAGUUCAAAACUUGAUGAAGUGGGUGCAAUCAAGGUAGCUGGUUGAAACGAGGGGAUAUUUUAGUAAUUUUGUUUUCUUCAAAUGGUUGUCAUUCAGUCUGGAGGGGUCUUACACUUGAUUUUGUAUUUCUUGAGAAUAACUUCUGAACUGACUAAAGAUUGUGAAGAAGGUGAAUUCACCUGCUGAAAAAAUAUGGGGAUUAAAGUGUGAGUGACAUCAUUCUUCUAUGCUGCUAUCUCAUGAUGGGAACCUUUCUUGGUCAUCUUUGUUUUAGGUUCCCUAUCAAUAUGUUUUUGGGUUUGUUUUGUAAAUAGCGUAUAUUGAGAGAGAUUAUUUUCUAGUAUCACGCAUCCCUCCAAGAUCGCAACUUGGAAGCGAGGCGUUAUAAGCUAGCGUUGUGUGAUUAAUUGGGGAAACCAUUUCUGUCAGUGCCUGGUUUUACUAAACCGUCAUGAGAGAGAAGCCUCCCUAGACAUAUGCUAGUGGGAAAGGAAGAGAAAACGGUCUACCUUUCUUGAAAAAUUUAGUCACUUAACUCUGGUCAUCAUCUAGAUCAUCUGGAGUUUCAUACUGUAACUCGGGUAUAAAUUGGGAGGAUACUCAGGCUAGUUAUCGAAAGGUUAUUGGGAGGGUUGUUAGGGGAAGAAAACUUUUCGUUCUGCAGGAUGACGUCGAUAACCAUUGUAACUUUAAAGGAUUGCCUGAAUAUUGCGCAGUGGGGAAUUAUUUUUGCUUUUAAUCUUCAGCCUCUUCACAUGUUCAACAUAUGUAACCAACUGCUGAGAUUAUAAUUCGUUUGCGUUCUGCCUUUUGCUGAUUUCUUAUGAACGGGCGGCUUUCUGGGAUUUUUAUGCCGACUGACUCUGUUGAAUUGUUGAAUGCACCUCAGCGUAUGGAUUGUCAUUCGCUGGCCUUUCGGCAGAACAUAAUUUUAUAUAAGUUUAAUAGAUUCUGUACAUUUCUUCCGGCCUAAUGGUAAAGGCUCUGGCAGCCAAACCAAGUUUUAGUCUAUGUUGUGUUAGUCUCGAAUA